UUAUAUUUUGAUGAUCUUCUUUAAUCUUCUUGAUAUCUCUUGAUAAUGAUGACCGUAAGCGGACAUGGUACGAUAGGCAAAAUCGUACUCAAGACAAUAGCGAUCAAGAAAGGCCACAUGGCAUAUCUGACUCAAUAUUAUCUACAGUCACCACUGUCAAAUCCUAACCCGGACCAAGCAAUGUGGAAAAGGAUAUCAGUCAGUCAGAUAUCGGUCUUAAUCGUAAAAUCCCCGCUUGAACCAUCCCUGGAGCCGCCUCCUUUAUAGCUUCUCUAUAUAUCUAGACAUGGUUAUAACGUUUUUCUUUUGUUGUUAUAGAUGAUGAAAAGAAAGAGUUCAUCCAUCGUUUUGAAUCACAACAGAACAGUUCUUGAAACAAAUACGGUUAACAUAGAAUGGGAGGUCGAUACCGUACGAAGAAAGAGUUCAUCCGUACACAAGGGCAGCGAGGUCGAUAUGUCCGAGUGGUUAAGGAGGUAGACUUGAAAUCUACUGGGCUCCGCCCGCGCAGGUUCGAAUCCUGCUGUCGACGUUUUAUAUAUAUAUAUAUAUAUAUGGAGGCAGUGCCACUGCCACUCAGUCGUGUUCAGAACUCACCCAGUCCAAGUUUUUUUUUUUCCUUCCUCGUAUGUUUUGUAAGCUUCAGGUUUCAUAUGCCCUUCUUAGCUCUCUCUAUAUGUAUUUGUUGCUUCAUCUCCCAUAUCACCAUCAGACAAUAGCUUAAGGUCUCAAGCCAAGAAUCAAAUGCUUAGCCUCCGAAACAAUCAAUUAUCAUGUUCCCCCUUCCUUCUCUACGACCCUUUUCCUUUCUGAAGAACGUUAACAGUAAUAAUUUAUUCACAUACAUAGAUAGACACAAUGGUUCUUUCCUUCACCCUCCAAACUUCACAAGAGCCCACUUUAAUAUUUGUCCUGCUCAAGUUGUAUAUAUAUUCACCACAUCAAGAUGCAUAUCCGUAUAUAUAUGCAUGUAUAUAACCAGAGUCUUUCAUAGUAUACAUUCAAGAGAGACACACACAGCUAAAUUAACAAAUGGGGUUGGAUUGGGGGCCGGUGGUGAUGUCAGUGGUGCUGUUCAUAUUGCUGACGCCGGGAGUGCUGUUUCAGUUGCCCGGAAAGACGAGAGUUGUUGAGUUCGGCGGGUUUCAGACAAGUGGCGCCGCCAUUGUCAUCCACACUGUCCUGUUCUUCGCCCUCAUCACUAUCUCCCUCAUCGCCCUUCAUGUUCAUAUAUAUGUUCGUUAGCUUAAUUCAUCCAUUCCAGGCCACGAUGUAACCUUACCUUGCCCCUCAAGCAACAUAUCCCUUUCUCUUCUUCCUUUUUUUUUUUUUGGUGGGUGCGGUUCUUGGUUUCUAUCUUGUUUCGAUCUGCUUUCUUGAUGCCUUUUCUUAUUAUUAAUUGCACUCGCAGAUUGUCUCUCUUUCUUCUGUUUUUGUUUGCUUUCUUUAAUUUGAUUCCCGCAUUGUCAAUCUCUUUUGGAACAUCCAAACACUAACAAGAAAAAAAAAUGGAUUGGCGAUGGCUAAUUUAUCCUUAAAUUAACAUCUCUGAAAGAAAACAUGAAUCUUACUAGAUUUACUUUUUAAAAUCACGAUGUUUUAUACAAUUACAAGCUACGGCUUAGAUGUAAAUAUGUUUUUGAAGCGAGAUUUAAUUUAUUAUAUGAAAAGUCUCAAUCACGACAGGGGAUAGAAAUACAUGGCGUCUCUAUUACAUUCGCCACUCUCUGUUUGGAAUUGUUUCUUACUGGCUCGAUGGUCCAAAUAUAUAGGUACUAAGACAACAUACAUAUAUAUAUAUAUAUAUAUAUGGUGUUAUUAACAUCUUGAGGGGGAAAAAAACCUAAUAUUGUUAUAGAGAGCCAAGAGUGGUUGGGUCAACUGGUAAGUGGGUAUGCACAAAGAGUGUUCCACCCCAGGUUUGAACCCCACACUUGACAAAUCACAUAUUAUAAAAAAAACAUUAUUAUAGAGACCGAACCUGAAGAUACAUGAUACAAUGUAGAGUCGAAUUUUUUUUUUUUAUAUAUAUGUGUGUGUGUGUGAAAGGUGAGAAAAAGGAUAGGAUA